AUGCUGGAGAUCCGGCCGUGCAUUCUCCAUCUUCUGUUGGCAACUGCGAUCGCCGCCGAGAUUGCGGACUUUGGAACGAAACCAAAGGGAGAAAAUCCAACGCUAUACGACUACGAACACGAUCCAAUUGUGCAGUUGGACGAGACAACUUUUAAUGACACGAUUUAUGGAAGUAAUCAGACAGAACGCACCGCGUUUAUGGUGGAGGUACGUUGGUAGGGGAGGUGCUUGAAAUUCGACGCGCAGGUUUUGAUGAAAAUUGGGGAAAUUUUAGAAUAAUGUUUUUAUAAAAAAUAUGCGAAAUUUUCAGCCCGCGUUUUGCAGAAACGACAGAGAUUUUUUGGUCGACAGGUGGAAAAAUUUUGAUAUUUUUUUUUUUUGCAAAUUUUGGCAUGAAAGGUUUCAGGGCUAAAAUCAGUUUUUCCGCUCGAAACUGGCAAAGAUGUGACCUUAAAUUGUUAUUUUAUAUGACCGCUCUCCGCGUUUCGCGUACUCUCUCGGCCGCAAAGAUCGUUGAAUAUCUCGGCUGCGGCUGCAAAGUACAAGCUAAAAUUUUCAGGAAUUAAUUUGUGGGCUAGGUCCUAUCCGUGCGCAAAAUUUAUCCGUCUGUCGGAAAAAUAAUAUGGAUUCGUGGCGCCUUGGAAUUACUAUCGCUUUGCGACGGCCGGCCACGACUGGCGACUUGGUGCGCGGUUGCAACAAGACAAAACAUUUUUUCUGCGACAAAUCCGCAUGAUUUUCCCGACAGGAUUCAAAUACACAUUAUUUUCCCGACAAAAUGUUAACUCCACAUUAUUUUCAUGACAAAAUUCAAAUACACAUUAUUUUCCCGACAGGAUUCAAAUACACAUUAUUUUCCCGACAAAAUGUUAACUCCACAUUAUUUUCAUGACAAAAUUCAAAUACACAUUAUUUUCCCGACAGGAUUCAAAUACACAUUAUUUUCCCGACAAAAUGACAUAGAAAUUUCGAGCGUCGCACUUCGAACACUUCUCUUGUAAACCAAACAACUUUUCAGUUCUACUCGGACUGGUGCGGCCAUUGCCGCGCCUACGCUCCAUUGUACAAGAGCUUGGCCAACGAUGUGUCCAGAUGGAGGAGUGUGGUCCGAAUUGGCGCUAUCAAUUGCGCUGACCCGUUGAAUGAAGCCACUUGCCGCGCGAAUGGCGUGCAGUUCUUCCCGUUGAUCAAAGUGGGUUUUAUAUAUCUUUUUUAUUGCCUACUAUGAUAUAAUAUCAUUAGGAGCUUCCGCUGUUACUGUAUAUCAAAAUAUGUAAUAUCAAGUUUUAUCCCUAAAAAAUUACAGUAUUUCCCGCGCAACAGCAGCGGAGACAGCGAUGGCCAGAAACUGAAGACCUAUCAAAGUGUGGCGUUGAUGAGGGAUCAGUUGACUCAAGCGAUCGUCGCCGAAAAUGAUCAACAUCAUUUCCCGGAUUGGCCGAAUUUCGAGCCAUUGAAGCCGUAAGUCAACCCUUUGUGUCAAGUCUCUCCCUGGCCUAUUGAGUCAACUGUUUCUGGCCUGUUGGGUCAACUGUUUCUGGCCUUUUGGGUCAACUGUUUCUGGCCUGUUGGGUCAACUGUUUCUGGCCUGUUGAGUCAACUGUUUCUGGCCUGUUGGGUCAACUGUUUCUGGCCUUUUGGGUCAACUGUUUCUGGCCUGUUGAGUCAACUGUUUCUGGCCUGUUGGGUCAACUGUUUCUGGCCUUUUGGGUCAACUGUUUCUGGCCUGUUGUGUCAAGUCUCUCCCUGGCCUGUUGGGUCAACUGUCUCUGGCCUGUUGGGUCAACUGUUUCUGGCCUGUUGUGUCAAGUCUCUCCCUGGCCUGUUGGGUCAACUGUUUCUGGCCUGUUGGGUCAUCUGUUUCUGGCCUGUUGUGUCAAGUCUCUCCCUGGCCUGUUGGGUCAACUGUUUCUGGCCUGUUGUGUCAAGUCUCUCCCUGGCCUGUUGGGUCAACUGUUUCUGGCCUGUUGGGUCAUCUGUUUCUGGCCUGUUGUGUCAAGUCUCUCCCUGGCCUGUUGGGUCAACUGUCUCUGGCCUGUUGGGUCAACUGUUUCUGGCCUGUUGUGUCAAGUCUCUCCCUGGCCUGUUGGGUCAACUGUUUCUGGCCUGUUGGGUCAUCUGUUUCUGGCCUGUUGUGUCAAGUCUCUCCCUGGCCUGUUGGGUCAACUGUUUCUGGCCUGUUGGGUCAACUGUUUCUGGCCUGUUGUGUCAAGUCUCUCCCUGGCCUGUUGGGUCAACCGUCUCUGGCCUGUUGGGUCAACUGUUUCUGGCCUGUUGGGUCAACUGUUUCUGGCCUGUUGGGUCGACUGUUUCUGGCCUGUUGGGUCAACUGUUUCCCUCCGUUAAAAAACGGCCAGAUUUUGAUGAAACUUGGAUCAAAUUUAUAAUAAUUUUUUAUAAGAAAUAUGCGAGAGUUUUAGCGCGCGCUUUGCAGAAAUAACCGAGAUUUUUAGAUCGAAAGUUGGAAAAAUGUGAUUUUUUUGCGAAUUUUUGGGAUGAAAAGUUUAGUGUUUAUUUCCACCGUAGAGAGUGAUGUUUCCACAAAAAAUCAUUUUUUUUCCGAACAAAACUGGCAAAGAUACGGCAAAUAUUUUGUUUUUCCAAGCGCUCUCCGCAUUUCGUGCACUCUCUCGCCCGCAAAAAAAGCAAAAAAAAAACUUUUUCUCUUCUGUUUUCAGAAUCGCCACCUACAAUGAGAUUUUCGAAGGCGUCCCAGAGACUAUCGAUAAAAAGAUUUUGGUCUUCGAAGAGAAUCCUCAGAGCUUGGUGGCUAAUCAACUUAUCCUCGACAUGCAGCAAUACAGCGAUAAAAUUGCGAUUCAAAAAUGUCGCAAAGGACAUCCCUUGACUGAAGCGCUUCACAUCUCCGAUUAUCCGACGAUUGCGGUUUAUAAGCGGGGAGAACAUGAGCCUAUUAUGCAAGCGGAGUGAGUUUGGGGGUUUUUUGAUUUUUUGGGAUUUAAAAAAUAUUUUUUUUGAUUUUUUUUUAUUUUUUGGGAUUUUUUUAUUUUAUUUAUUUUAUUGUUUUUCAUUUUUUUCGAUAUUGCACAAUUUUUUCUUGGAUUUUUUUUAAUUUUUUUUUCGAAAAAAAUUUGAUUUUUUAAAAUUUUUGCAAUUUUUUGAAAUAUUUUUUUUGGAUUUCUAGAUUUUGUUGUUUUAUUUUUUUAUUUUUUUCAAAAUUGUUUUGUUUUUUUUUUAUUGUUUCUAAAUUUUUUUUCAAUUUUUUAAUCCACAUUUUUUCACUUUUAGUCAUAAAAAACAAAAAAAAAAACAAAAAAUAUUUCAGACUACGCCGUCUUUUUAAAUUUUUGCAAUUUUUUGAAAUAAUUUUUUUUAGAAUUUUUUUCUAAUUUUUAGAUUUUUUAUGUGUUUUAUUUUUUUAUUUUUUUCAAAAUUUUUUUUGUUUUUAUGUUUUUUCUAAAUUUCUAAAUUUUUUUCAAUUUUUCAACCACAUUUUUUCACUUUUUUUAUCAUAAAAUCCCCAAUAUUCAAUAUUUCAGACUACGCCGUCUUUUAUUCAACGAAAUUGAGGAGUACUUGGGCAAAGAAGGCCAUAUCGCAGGGAUGAAAUUCUCCAGUCAUCCACAUAAUCGCACCGUGCAAACUGCGUCGGACAGUGGGGAAAGGAAUGAAGAAGAAGAGGAAAAAGCCAACAGCACGAUCAAUGAGUGCGAACGGAAUCCUGAAAGGUGAGAGAUUCAUUUUGAAAAAAUAAAAAAUAAAAUUGGGAAAAUUUUUUUUUUAUUUUUCUUAUUUUUAGCACUGUGCGAAAAUGGAGGAUUUUUUGCAUUAAAAAAAGCACUGUGCAAAUUUUUUUUUUUUUUUUUUUUUUUUUUUUUUUUUUUUUUUGAAAUUUAUUUUGAAAAAAUAAGAAAUAAAAUUGGAAUUUUUUUUUUUAAUCUUUAGCACUGUGCAAAACCAUAGGCUUUUUUCAAUUAGAAAAUUGCACUGUGCAAAAAUAUAGGCUAAAUUCAAUAAAAACUGCACUGUGCAAAAAUAUAAGCUUUUUUCAAUUAGAAAAUUGCACUGUGCAAAAAAAUUUUUUUUUUGAGAUUUAUUUUGAAAAAGUAAAAGAUAAAAUUGGGAAGUUUUUUUUUUAUUUUUAGCACUGUGCGAAAAUGUACGCUUUUUCAAUUAGAAAAUUGCACUGUGCAAAAUCAUAGGCUUUUUUCAAUUAGAAAACUGCACUGUGCAAAAGUUUAGGCUUUUUUUAAUUAGAAAAUUGCACUGUGCAAAAAAAAAUUUUUUUAAAUAAACACUUUUUGAAAUAAAAAAGCGUUUUUUCUUCUAAUUUUUUAUUUUUCAGCUGCAAAGCCCGUUAUUUCGCCUCUGAAUUGGACAUGUUGAAGGCGAUGAGAUAUGCGUUGCUGAGAGAAGUCACCAGGAAUGGUGGAGAUCUUAGUGGAGAAAAAUUGUCUUCGUUGUAUACUUUUACUGACACACUGGCAAAUGUAAGUCAAAAUGGGAAUCUUGAAUUUUUUUUUAAAAUUUUUUCAAUAUUUUUAAAAUUUUAAAAUAUCUAUUUUUUUUACAAGGGAAGUACUUGAAGUGUGACGCUCAGAUUUUCUUUAAAUUUUGCACACACAUCGGGUAUGGACUAUAUAUCAAUUCCUGAAAGUUUUAGCUCGCGCUUUGCGGGCACCGCCGAGAUAUCGAACGAUUUUUGCCGCCGAGAGAGCACGCUCAACGUGGAGAGCGGUCAGAGAGAAACCCGUUUUUUGGCCAUAACUUUGGCAGUUUCGUGCGGAAAAAUUUGAUUUUUUGUGGAAACAUUACACUUUACAGUUGAAAUAGGCAUGAAACUUUUCGUGCUGAAAUUCGGCAAAAAGUCCUAAAUUUUCGCCGACUUUCGAUCUAAAAAUCUCGGUUGUUUCUGCAAAGCGCGAGAUAGGAUUCUCGCAUAUAUCUUAGAAAAAAUUAUUCUAAAUUUAUGCCAAGUUUCAUCAAAAUCUGAGCGUCACACUUGGAGUACUUCCCCUGUUAGAUUUUUUUAUUUAAAAAAAUCAAAAAAAUCGUUUAAAAAAUUUUAAAAUAUUUUUUUUAAAUAAAAAAAAUAGGUUUUUUUUAUUAAAAACAUUUAUUUAAAAAAUUCAAAAAAAUCAUUUAAAAAAUGUUAAAAUAUUUUUUUAUAAAUUAAAAAAAUUUUUUAGAAUUUUUUUUAUUAAAAACAUUUAUUUAAAGAAUUCAAAAAAAAAUCAUUUAAAAAAGUUUAAAAUAUUUUUUUUUAAUUAAAAAAAUUUUAGAAUUUUUUUUAUUAAAAACAUUCUUUCUUUGUCCAUUUAAAAUUUGUUUUAGUAUUUCCCCCACAAAACCUUGGCCAAUAAUGAUAGCGCGGACGAAGAGCUCUUUCUGAACGCCAGCAGCCGAGCAAGAGUCGUUUUCACGCACAUGAGAGACUUUAUCAAACAAAAUGGCCUGGAGAAUCCAUUGCCAUCCGACGUGUGGAAGGCGGAGUUCAUCAGAGCUGAGGUGAGUUGGAAAUAAAAGUUUAAUUAAUUAUUUUUUUUAUUUUUUUUUAUUUUUAUGUUUUUUUUUUUUUUUUUUUUUUUUUUUGAUGAAGCUGGGAAAAAUUUAGAGUAAAAUUUUCUAUGCAAUAUUAAAAAAUUAGUCGUAUAAAGCUAAAUUUUUGUCAAGUUUUCAGUAAGAUCAAGAGUCUUUUUUAUUAUUUUAUUAUUAUUUUUUUUUGAUUUAAAUUUCAAUUAUUUUUUUUUAAUUUUUUCAUUUAUUUAUUUUUUUAACUCUUUCUUCCUUUUUUAUUGUUUUUUAUUUUUAUUUUUUUUAGUUCUUAUUCAUUUUGCUUUUUAUUAUUUUAUUAUUUUUUUUAUUAUUUUUUAUUUUUUAUUUCAAUUUUUAAUUUUUUUUUACUUUCAGGAAGACCAAGGCAAGCCUUUUCCCACCAACGCCGACUGGCAACAUUGCAAAGGCUCUUCGCCGCAGUAUCGCGGUUACACCUGCGGCCUCUGGACAACAUUCCACGCACUAACCGUUAGUAAUUACAAGAACAAAGGAGCUGAAGCCGAUUUCGAUCCAAAAGCGGUUCUAAAGUCGAUCCGAGGCUGGGUCGGGAGCUUCUUUGGCUGUGAACAUUGUAGGCAACACUUUUUGAAGAUGACUGGGAAGAGCUUCAACAUGGAUGAUCAUGUAAGAAAAAAAUUAAAAAUUAAAAAAAAGAAAAAAAAAAUUUUUAAAUAAAAACUAAAAUUUUUUUUUUUGUGGUUGAUAUAAUUUUCUUUGUAAAAUAAUUUUUUUGAAAGCAGAGAAUUUUUUACCCCAAGGGCAUUUUUAUGUAAAAUACGGGAGUUUUCUUUUCCAACUGGACUGCACUGUGCAAAAACAUAAGCUUUUUUACCCUAAAAAACUGCACUGUGCAAAAGUAUAAGCUUUUUUCAACUAGGAAACUGCACUGUGCAAAAAAAAUUUUUUUAAUACUCAAUUUAAUACUCAAUUUUAAAAAGUGUAAGAUAAAAAUUCCUCAUCUAAAUUUGCUCAAUUUUCAUCAGAUCCGCAAUAAAAAAAACUUUUUUAUUUGUCGAAAAAGAAGUUUUGAUUUUUUGACCAAAAAAAAUAUUUUUUUUUAUUUUUGUUUUUUCAGAUCCACAAGCCCGAGGACUCAUUCCUCUAUCUCUGGCGUGCGCACAACAUUGUGAACGCGCGACUAAAGGGCCGAGAUACGGAGGAUCCGAAGUUCCCGAAGAUCCAAUUCCCCGCCCACUUCCUUUGCAAGGAAUGCCAGGUGGGAGGGGAUCAACAACGAGACGAACAGAUCACCAAGGACUAUCUUCUCAACUAUUAUUCGAAUAUUCGGCCUUUAAUAUAG